CUAAAAAGUAAAUACGACAGCUCGCUAUGCUUUUCACGAUGAUAAUGACAGUGGUGAUCACGAUGAUGAUGAUAAUGGCGAUAAUGAUGAUGAGCGCGUCGGCAGAAAACAACGACGUCGGCAGAGGGCACCCGCUAGUGGAGAUCGGUCUUAUGCAUUUGCAUUCAUUAUGUUUGGCACCGUCGACGCGACCACAACGUAACUCCCAGAUCGGUUCCGAGCAUCGCGUUGUCUAUAGAUAUAGAUAUAGAAAUAGUUAUAGUAUAACCGUAUAACCACUUACCAGUUACCAGAUUGCUUUGGCAACCGUCGUCACGUGAUCGUGUCGCGAUCGCUCAUUCUGCUCAUUCUGCUCGUCAUUCAUCUGUCGCCUCGUCUUGUGCAAUUUGGCUGUCGAAUGUGGAAGAAGAAUGUCUUGCAUCUGGAUUUGUGUACCGAGCUCUUAACGUUUGUCUGCCGCCGUACGGUGAUCUAGUGCCUUUUCAAUCGAUCAGCUUAACCUUUUUGAGUUCGCCGAUCAGGAAAUUGUUGAAAUUCCAUCAUCAUCAUCACAAAAUAGUGGAAAAUGUCUAGCCCAUGUGUGUUCCUGCUGAUGGGCUUACUAUGUCUCUGCCUGGGUCCAUUCAUAACUGCCCAAGGCUCGGAAUUGGCAGAGCGCAACCACAAGAAACGCCAAAUCUAUCGGGAACAAGUAUUGCCACAUGCGGGUGGUAAGAUACCCGACACCGCCUUUGAGACGGACCGAUUGUUUCUGAAUCGCCUGCAGAAGGAGGGCAUCGCAGUGCCAGAUGGCAUAUUGCCCGAGCAGCGGAAUCCUCAGGUGUAUCAGUACUACAGCAAACCCAUGCGCACCGUCUUCCACAUUGCCCUCAGCUCGGAUGGGAGGUAUACGCCGCGGGAGGGACGAUACCACUACCGCCAGGUGCCCACGGUGGAGACCACGUACCUGUAUCCGCAGGCGGUGGGACGUCAGCACGUGGUGGUGCCGCCAAAGCACGCCUUGCCCGUCUACCGGCAGCUCCAGUUGCACAAUCCGCUGCUCAACCAGGUCAAGUUGCAGCCAAAGAAGAUGCCCAAUUUUCUGGAACUGGCGCCCACAGUUGGCAAGAGUCAGUCGCAUCCACUGGCCGGAUCGGCCAAGGCGCAGUCUUAUCAGAAUGUGAAUCUCCUGCAUGGUCACAGUCCGGUGCUGCCCGCUUUCAAGAAAACCUCCAGGGGCAGCAAGACCUAUGUGGACAGCUAUGGCACCACCCAUCUCCAUGCUCAAGUGGCUGCCGCUGGGAAAACUGCAGUUCAGUGUGUUUUUCAAACCCAACUCGAGCGGUCGUCUCUGCAACUCCAAAAUCUGCAAGCUACCAACUUCAAAGUAGGCGGAAAAGAUACAUAUACACUAAAAGAAAUGAUGCCAAAGCUGGGCUGUUUCUCCUUUUGGCUAAUGGUCGUGAUCGGAGCAGCGGUGGCCAUCGAAGUUCAGAAAUUCGGCUAUCUAUUCAAUCCACCGCAACCGGAACACCACCCGCAGCAUCACGAGGAGAAGCAAGACCUGAACAAGAUACCCGGAGUUCCGGGCGUGGACUAUCCGGUGUACCAUGAGGUGCCGCACACCCACUUCAGUUGCCACAAUGUGCCGGCCACUCCGGGAAUGUACGCCAAUGUGGAGACGGGCUGCCAGGCGUACCACGUGUGCCACGAUGGACGCGAAGGUGACCAGGGUGCCAAGUUCCUCUGCACCAACGGCACCAUCUUCAAUCAGAAGGAAUUCGCCUGCGAUUGGUGGUACAAUGUCAAAUGCGAGGAGGCCACCAACUUUUACCACUUGAAUGCCGAUCCGGAGCACAAUCCCUACUUUCCCAAAAAGAAGCCUGAGCUGGAACCCUAUGCUAAUGAUAUUCAUGAUGCUAGCAAGUUUUUGAUACAAGCCUAAAGAUAUUUUUAUUCUCAUUUUGUUGUUGUUGUUCCACAUCUUGUAAAUAAAAAACAUCAUAAAUUAUCUUUCAGCAGUUGAAUACUGAGAUUCAAACAAUAACCGUUUCUUAGGAAUAAGAAUUAGUUGCAUACUUUCUGGCGGCACGUAUACUUGUCGGAAUUAUGUAUUAUAAAUAUUAUAUUAUUAUAAUCUGCAUCGUAUCUUUGUUUUUUUUUUUUUUGAUAAUCGUACCACAUCCUUAAUUU